AUGGCGCCGAGGAAGGAUUUCAAGGCUAAGGCCCCGAUACAGCCAGUUCCGGAAAAACGGGGGUAUGAGUUUGGUGGCCCUCUCGGCGCGUUUGUAUUCAUUUUCGGCCUCUCAACUCUUAUCUACAGCCUCACCUUCCUGUGUAACGAUGUGUCCGGCUGUCCUGCUCCGUCGCUGCUGAAUCCCUCGACGUUGUCCCUGGACAAGUUAAAGGAGGAGGUUGGUUGGCCACAAGCAGGCCUCAAAGCAUUCUUUGACAUUCGGGUGACCCUGUGGGUACUGAGUUAUUACCUACUCAGUCUGGUUCUGUACGUGUUUCUACCAGGUGAGGUGGUCGAGGGCACGGAACUGGCCUGCAAGGGAAGGCUUCGCUACAAGUUCAAUGCCUUUUCUUCUGCCGUUUUGAUCCUCGGUGGUUUAGCUUUGGGCACAUACGUGUACGGUGCUGACUUCAUCAUAUGGACUUUUCUCUGGGAUAACUACGUGCAGGUCAUCACGGCAAACUUAAUGAUUUGCAUGGCCCUCGCUGUCUUUGUUUAUGUGAAAAGUUUCUCCGUCCCUGCACCUGGUCAACCCAACCCCGAGCUGAGAGAAUUGGCACCAGGGGGUCACACUGGGAAUGCUCUGUAUGACUUCUUCAUUGGCCGGGAGCUUAAUCCUCGGCUGCAGUUGCCCAUUCCCUUUGUUGAUGAGGCCUCACGAACGAUCGAUAUCAAUGUAUGGUGCGAAAUGAGGCCAGGUCUGCUUGGGUGGAUCAUAUUGAAUUUGUCCAACAUUGCCCGCCAAUACAGGACGUAUGGCUACAUUACCAACUCCAUCGUCCUCAGUACCGUAUUCCAAACCUUCUAUGUUCUGGAUGGGCUGUAUAUGGAGCCGGCCGUGCUAACCACAAUGGAUGUGAUUAUGGAUGGAUUCGGUUACAUGCUCUGUUUUGGACACCUGGUAUGGGUACCAUUCAUCUACAAUAUCCAAACCAGGUACCUUGCGGUUUUCCCCUUGGAAUUGAGCUUGAAGGGCAUUCUUCUGAUCUUGACUGUUACCGGCGCGGGGUACAUGAUCUUCCGCGGUGCCAACAAUCAGAAGAACCGUUUCCGCAGGGACCCAAACGAUCCACGCGUGAAGCAUAUCAAAUACAUCCAGACGUCUAGUGGCUCUAAGCUAAUGAUUUCUGGCUGGUGGGGACUGGCGCGCCAUUUCAAUUACUUGGGCGAUUGGCUGAUGUCUUGGUCAUAUUCAUUGCCCACCGGCGUUGCUGGCUACACCAUAGUUGAAAGUAUCAAUAGCAGUGGCGACGUGCAGAAGCAGGCCAUUCAGACUCCCGAAGUACGCGGGUGGGGAAUGAUUUUCACCUACUUCUUCCUGCUUUAUUUCGGUCUCCUGCUUAUUCACCGGGAGGGGCGUGAUGAAGAAAAGUGCAAGAGGAAAUAUGGCGCUGACUGGGAGCGCUAUACGUCUAUUGUUCGCAGCCGUAUCAUUCCUGGUGUCUACUAG